GAACUUCCUCAAGUGACGGAACAACAAUGGACCACAAACUCCGAUAAUCUUGAGAAUUCAUCUUCAUCAGCACUCUUGUCAGGCAGGUGAACUUCCUCGAGUGACGGAACAACAAUGGAGCACAACCUCUGAUAAUCUUGAUAAUUCAUCUUCAGCACUGUUGUCAGGCAGGUGAACUUCCUUGAGUGACGGAUUUGCCUAUUUAUUCAUCUGUUGAAUAUGAUCAUCAUCUAUUAAUGUGUGUAUUUCAUCUUCAGGAGCUUAUUCAUGGGAACCUCUUAAUCAACUCUGUUGUCAAGCACGUGAACUUCCUUAAGUGGCGGAACAACAAUGGAGCACAACCUCCGAUAAUCUUGAGAAUUCAUCAUCAUCAGCACUCUUGUCAGGCAGGUGAACUUCCUCGAGUGACGGAACAACAAUGGAGCACAACCUCUGAUAAUCUUGAGAAUUCAUCUUCAUCAGCACUGUUGUCAGGCAGGUGAACUUCCUCGAGUGACGGAUUUGCCUAUUUAUUCAUCUGUUGAAUAUGAUCAUCAUCUAUGAAUGUGUGCAUUUCAUCUUCAGGAGUUUAUUCAGGGGAACCUCUUCAUCAGCACUGUUGUCAAGCACGUCAAGAACGUGAAUGUCCUCAAGUGACGGAACAACAAUGGAGCAUAACCUCCGAUAAUCUUGAGAAUUCAUCUUCAUCAGCCGUCUUGUCAGGCACGUGGACUUCCUCAAGUGACGGAACAACAAUGGAGCACAACCUCCGAUAAUCUUGAGAAUUCAUCUUCAUCAGCACUCUUGUCAGGCACGUGAACUUCCUCAAGUGACGGAACAAAAAUGGAGCACAACCUCCGAUAAUCUUGAGAAUUCAUCUUCAUCAGCACUGUUGUCAAGCACGUGAACUUCCUCAAGUGACGGAACAACAAUGGAGCACAAACUCCGAUAAUCUUGAGAAUUCAUCUUCAUCAGCACUCUUGUCAGGCAGGUGAACUUCCUCGAGUGACGGAACAACAAUGGAGCACAACCUCUGAUAAUCUUGAUAAUUCAUCUUCAUCAGCACUGUUGUCAGGCAGGUGAACUUCCUUGAGUGACGGAUUUGCCUAUUUAUUCAUCUGUUGAAUAUGAUCAUCAUCUAUUAAUGUGUGUAUUUCAUCUUCAGGAGCUUAUUCAUGGGAACCUCUUAAUCAACUCUGUUGUCAAGCACGUGAACUUCCUUAAGUGGCGGAACAACAAUGGAGCACAACCUCCGAUAAUCUUGAGAAUUCAUCUUCAUCAGCACUGUUGUCAGGCAGGUGAACUUCCUCGAGUGACGGAACAACAAUGGAGCACAACCUCCGAUAAUCUUGAGAAUUCAUCUUCAUCAGCGUUGUCUGCGGACCGAGGAAGCCUGCGCGGCCGCCGCACGUCACUGCUCCGACGGCCGCCGCCCCUCCUGCCAUCGUGCCGGCGCCUGUGGCUGCCAACGGGGAGACGGCCGACACCCCUCAGCAUCCCCCAAGACACCAGCAUGUCACCUAUGCCGAAGCGGCGAGGGGACCGUGUACUCCGGACGGUGACGGCCUCAAGGGAGGCUCUCUUUUUUUAG